AUGACUGUAAUGUCCAACGAUGAAAUGUCGAGCCUUGAGCUAAGAAAGCUCCCAUGUGACAUGCGAGAGCUGGGAGCUGUUGUUAUUGAUAAGUAUGGAACCUUUGACGUGUCUAUGAUUGAUGUGGGCUCAGAAGUUAAUGACAUGGAGCAAUCUCCACCAUCGCACAGUCUCUUUCAUCGUGUAUAUGAAGCGUGCUUGAAAGAGUGUCACGUUGUCUGGUUGCUAGUGGCCGUACCCUUGAAGCUCAUGACGUACAAACUGCUGCUGUUUCAUACAAUCAAUUUCAUCCUGUCUAGUGUUGCAGUCAUUUGCAUCCUGGGACUUUAUCUAAGCAAGCUACCGCUCUUACUUGUAACGAGAUGUCGUCGUCCAUUUCGACGCACAGAGUCGUGGAUCCUGCAGCAUUUCUUGCAACUGGACUGUCUGCUCUUGAACUUUAUCUCGCCGCAAGGAGAACAUGUGAUCGUCCAUCAUCCGUUUCUCCAGAUACAGUAUACACAAGCUAUCGAUGACGUCUACACUCGGCUUUAUUUUGGAGGUGUAAAGCUCCUAGCAGCGGGUAUUCCUGGUGCACUUGCAACGUUCAUGUUUGUAUGGUCAUUGGAAAAUGUCGUCAUGAUGGUCAUGCACAAGGAGCAGACCGAGACGGAAAUCGACUCGAUGAACGGCCAGGAUCAAAGUGGUAGCAACGGACUUGAUAUGAUGAACGUUGUCGCAAUUGUGGCAAUCUACACGUGCGUCUUGUUGUUGCACGUAUUAGUCUUUAUCUCGCGACAGCUUACUAUAUUCUUUUGCUCACAGUACGUCUUAUAUGCUGGAGAAGUGGAGUAG